UAUCUUGAUCAAAUAAGAAAUAAUAAAUAAUUCGACAUACUUCUGAUACAAUUUUUAGUCUUUUCGUGACUGAAACCAAGGAAAUGACUUCUGAGAAACUCAUUUUUAUCUGCCUUGCAGUAGUGCUGGUUCACAGCGACGCGACGAAGGAGAUCAACCCCUCCGUGGGUACUAUAUCUCCAUCAUCCAGCAGCGGGAAAUCAAGCUUAGAAGAACUGAAGAAUCCUGAAGCAGACUCAAAGAGUAAAUCCAUUUCUACUCGAUAUUUGGAUUCACUUUUUGGACUUGGGAUUGGUGGACAUCUGUUAGGAGUUCAUGCAGGUGCAGGUAUAGGUCAUGGAAAAGGAGGUUAUGGUGAUUUGGGCCAAGGAUUUGUUGGUAAACCUAGUGGAGGUCAAAAUCCACAACCUAUAUACAUACCACAACCACCACCACAAGUAUACUACGUCCAAGCUCCUCCACGCCAUCAAGUUGCAGAUGGUAUGCCCUAUGGAAUUUUUCAAGGAAUGCUUCAAGAAAAGCCACAAAGAAACCCUCAAAUAAUUCCUCAAGGAAAGCCUCCAGGAAAGCCUCAAAGAAUGCCUCAAGGAAAGCCUGUAAGAGUCCCAACAGCAAGAACACCAAAAGUCUACCGCCCCCAUUGCUAAUAAGUAUAUUUAUGCAGGAAUUUAAAUUAUAUAUAUAUUUCUUUGUUUAUCACUACUCAAUUAUUGUUUCAUAAACAAAAUAUUUUAAAAUUAA